AUGCCAGAAGCCGAAGCGCCAUCUGCCGAUCGCUAUGUGGACUUUGCGAGCUCUGGGGAUCUCAUGGAAGCAUCCUGCGGGCUGAAGACCCUUGAUUCUCCCGUCGAUUGUGAUGCAGAGACGGCUCUUCCAGCUACGCCCGCCACACCAUCCUCUACAUACACAGGCAGCUCAAGCACACGCCUGCUGGAUGGUUCCUGCAACAUAAGCGAUGACGAAGAGCUUGCCAUAUUGGAGGAGUCUUCGCCGCCUGUUCUCCAAAUGGUCGCAGUUUCUCCGUGCCUUGCUUCUUCGAUGAGGCCAUCCUCUUGUGCGAAGCAGGCCACAGGUGAGGUCGGUGAGGAUUUGGGCAUCUCGGAUGACGACUCGGACGUGGAGGUGCUGACCACGAGAGCAAGCUCGAAAGCGGCAGUCAAGGCGAGCCGGGACAAUGUGCCAAUGCGCCACGGGAAGGAUGCUGGAGCUGAUGCUCGUGAGCACGUGGGCAGGCAGCCAUCCGUGCUGCAAAGAAGCCCCGCAAGUCUCUUCAGCCCGGUGCCCAUGCGGAGGCCAGCAGAGGAGGCAGCGGGCAAGCUGUUGUCCCCACCGUCCUCAAGGUCAGCGGCAUCCUUGACAGCCAAUCGGUCGCGCCUCUUCUUUAGUCCUGCGCCCAUGCGAAGACCGGCAGAAGCAGCGGCGCAGGAGCCCUCAGCCACUCCUCCGAGGUCAGUCUCAACUCGCCCUCGCUUGUUCUUCAGUCCGGUGCCAAUGUGCCGAGUGCGCAAGGAGCAUGGCGAGGAGUCGUCGAUUUCUGAGCUUUGCUCCCCUGGCACGGCAAGGAGUUCGGCGUCGCCGCCCUCGCAGAUCCCCAGUCCAGGAGCACAGGUGGAACAUUCUGAGGCCGAGGGGGUCGAGGUGCCGGAGCUUGGUGAGGAGGCAACAAUGUUGGCGGAGCUUUCGAAGAUCUCCUUUGAAAGCAUCUCGAGUCAGCGUGGCCAGCUGUGCCCCGAAAACCGGACUAGGCCGAGCCUGGGCUUUCUGGUGACCGAUGUCCACGCCCAUCAGCACCAGUGGUUCCUUUCCGACAGACUCCGCCUCCGGCGGAAGCCAUCUUCAAGGCCUCUGGAGCAGGAGGCACCCAAGCCACUGCAUAAGAGCACCUUCACCUUUGCCAAGGCGGUUGCAGAAAAGAUGACCCGAAAGUCGUCCGGAACGAUGCAGGGACUACGGAAGCGUCGGAAAGUAGAGCGAACAGUCCAGGAUGACGCAGCUCCACGCCAGCAAGUUCAGGGCACCGCCACCUCAGAUCGUGGCCUGCCGGACCGGCCGAUGCGCCUCAUACUUGCCGGCGAGGAUGCAGCCGGCAAGAAGCCUCCAAGGGAGCCUUCCGCACCCCUGGGGAUUUCAUCGGGACCUGAUGCUUCGGCCUCUACCAAAGACCCAAAGGCAGACCCCAAGAAAGCCGGGCCCGCAGGCUUGGAAAGCGACGACGAAGUUCUUUUGAGCACGCUUGUCGACCCGGAAGACGCUCCUGUGUCGCAGUUGCUGGGGCAGCCCGCCUGCGCUUCCCACAGAAGUUCGAUGAGUUGGUCCCUUCUGACGCAGCCCUUGGACAGUGCCGAGUUUCCAAUUCGGGUGUACACUGCCGGGGAGGAGGAUGCCGAGGACUCCGACGACCCGUGGUCGUCCUGCUCCGAGCCCGAAGAUGGCGAUCUCAUCGGUGGCCCAGAGGCCGGCACGACGGAGCUGGUCUGGUGCCGAUCCUCCUUUUGCCAGCUCCUAACCAGGAUCUGA